CCCCCCCCCCAAAACACAACAUACAAUGCUCGCAUAGGCUGGUCCUUGUCGCUCUUCCGUCGUUCCUGAACCCAACCCCGAUCCCCCAACACGGUACCAACGCGUGCCAACCAUGGCUGCAACCCGCAAUGCGGUCACCGCUCCUUCGCCGCCCGCGCGCAAAGACGCCCUCCUGUCCCGACGGUAUAUCGAGGGCCUCAUCGCGGACGGCAAACAUGUCAUCAUCUUCGACAAUCGCGUGUUGAAGGUCGAUGCAUGGAUCCCAUACCAUCCCGGAGGAGACAAAUCCAUUCGACACAUGGUUGGGAAGGAUGCCACGGACGAAAUCAAUGCGUACGUGGCCUUCCCCCUAGAUUCAGAUUCUCGCCCUCGGACCCCCCAUUGACUGUGCGCCAUUUCCUAUCCAGGCUACACUCCAAGGAAGCGCGGCAACGCAUGCUUUCUUUCCAGAUCGGUCGCAUUCAAGGCCCGUGGUUGAACUUCCUGCCGCCGAUCCAGGGCGGCAAAUACCGUCCCUAUACCGAGGAUUGCGCAUCCGAUGAGGAGAGCUCCGGUCCGGAAAGCUCUGGCCAGGAAACGUCACAGCCCCCGUCCCCGGUCUUCGAUGCUGUCGACACCACGUCAGGCGCUCGUCAACGCAAGCCAGCAGCCCCGACCCCGUCCACGGACAGCGAAGAUGACAAGCCGAAACCGUUCUUUCUCGACGCGCGCACCCAGGAGGAGCUUGUUUUUGACACAGCCAGGUAUCCGUCCCUAGAUCCGGAGAACCAGGAGCGAAUCAAACACAGGUACCGGGAGUUGGAUCAACAGAUCCGUGCGGAGGGGCUCUACGACUGCCGCUACAUCUCGUACUUCAUCGAAUGCUGCCGGUACACGCUCUUCGCCUCCCUAUCCUACUACCUCCUGCAGAUCGGAUGGUACGGGACAUCGGGAUUCUUCCUCGGAUGCUUCUGGCACCAGCUUGUCUUCACCGCCCAUGAUGCUGGCCACAUGGGUAUCACGCACAACUUCCACGCUGACACCGUGAUCGGGAUCAUCAUCGCGGACUACCUGGGAGGACUCAGUUUGGGAUGGUGGAAGCGCAGCCACAACGUCCACCACAUCGUGACGAACGCCCCCGAGCACGACCCCGAUAUCGAGCACAUGCCAUUCUUCGCCAUCUCCCACCGCUUCCUCACCAGCCUGCGCAGCACCUACUACGACCGCGUCAUGACAUUUGAUGCCUUCGCCAAAUUCAUGCUCAAGUUCCAGAACUACCUCUACUACCCCAUCCUCCUCUUCGGCCGGUUCAACCUCUACCGCCUGAGCUGGGAGUACCUCUUCUGCGGCCAAGCCCCGAAGAAGGGCCCAGCCUGGUGGCACCGGUGGUUCGAGAUCGGCGGCCAGGUCUUCUUCUGGAUCUGGUUCGGCUACGGCGUCAUGUACCGGUCCAUCCCGGACUGGAGCAGCCGGAUCAUCUUCCUCCUGAUCUCCCACAUGGUCACCUCGCCCCUACACGUGCAGAUCACCCUCUCUCACUUCGCCAUGUCCACCUCCGACAUGGGCGUCAAUGAAUCCUUCCCCCAGAAAAUGCUCCGUACCACCAUGGACGUCGACUGCCCCACUUGGCUCGACUUUUUCCACGGCGGUCUGCAGUUCCAGGCCAUCCAUCACCUCUACCCCCGCAUCCCCCGCCACAACCUGCGUCGCACCCAGCGUCUCGUCCUCGAGUUCUGUCGCGAUACCGGCAUCCCAUACACCCUCUUCACCUUCUACGACGGCAACAAGGAGGUCAUCGGCAAGCUGGGUGACGUCGCAAAGCAGGUCCGCAUCCUCGAGGAGUGCAGGAAGUCCUGUGCCGAGCAGGGCGUCUUCUCGGAUCACCAUUGAUCUUCGUGGCGUGCUUUACAUACACCUCUAUAUCGGUCGGUCAUUGUAUAGUUAUUCACGUCUACGGCUUGUGCAGCACCGGGGGUUAUCGUGCUCUCCGGCACUUAAUGAGAUAAUGUCUUUCUUUCUUAGAUUAUAUGUAUUUAGUCAGUCAGCUCAGCUCUGAUAGAAUCUCAACUACACUCUAUAGUAUAGAGCGCGUCCGUCUUCUCUCUAUCUUCCAUAUACUUUUUCAAUGUCUUAAUAUCUUGCUUAAUUCGCAGCCUGAA